GUAAUGCUUUUCGUUUCUCUACUUUGUCGUGUGUUUUAUUUUUUUCAUUUGAAUUUUUUUAAAAAUAAGAAUUAUAAUCUCCAGUUAAAACAACAUUUAAAAUUGAUCCUAUAAAUUUUAUAUUGAUUAUCAAAAACAAAUUGCGUAUAGUGUUUUUGAUUUCACAAAAGUUCCUUCAUCCUUUUUUUUUGUUAGAACAAUAAAAUUUAAACUAUAAUUAAAAACUUUGUUCAUCAAAAUAAAUAGUAUUUUAUCUUUACUGGCAUUAACAGCAUAAAAUAAUUGUUGUCUCCUUCUUCUUUUUAUCCUUUUUGAAUAAUCUACUCUAAACCAAUUUCUUCGUCAAAAAGGGAAUUCUCUGAUAAAAAAUUCGAGUACUCAUCACGAAUUUUCACCGUCGAUUCUAGUUCCGAUUAUCAACGAUUUCAUUGGAACCUGAAAGUUGAAUCAAUCAACUUUGAUCGGUUUUUGUUUUAGAUCAGAUCUGUAAAAGUUAUGGGAGGUUUUGUAUCGAGAUUCUGGUUCAUGAUGUUUCCGGCGAAAGAGUACAAGAUCAUUGUUGUUGGAUUGGAUAAUGCUGGAAAAACGACGACGCUUUAUAAGUUGCAUCUGGGUGAGGUGGUUACUACCAAUCCUACUGUUGGUAGUAACGUUGAGGAGCUUGUUUAUAAGAACAUACGAUUUGAGGUCUGGGAUCUUGGUGGGCAAGAAAGACUGAGGACAUCAUGGGCAACUUACUAUCGCGGAACUCAUGCUGUCAUUGUAGUUAUCGAUAGCAGUGACAGAGCCCGUAUUUCCACAAUGAAAGACGAGCUGUUCAGGUUGCUCCCACACGAGGAUCUGCAAAAUGCAGUUGUACUAGUGUUUGCAAACAAACAGGAUCUUAAAGAUGCCAUGACCCCUGCAGAGAUAACUGAUGCACUUUCCCUUCAUAGCAUUAAGAACCACGAUUGGCAUAUACAAGCCUGCAGUGCCCUGACUGGUGACGGCUUAUACGAUGGUUUAGGAUGGAUUGCACAGAAAGUUCCUGGCAAAACACCAACCUAGACAAAGGGAAUAUGUUCUUUUUCUGUAUUCACAGAAGUAAUAUGAAACUCCGCGCCCUUGCUGUAAGUUUUUAUGUGUAGUUCAUACUCUUUAUCAUAUGCAUUUCCUUGAAGAGCUACUGGUUUUGGCACAUUUGAACCUUUUCUAAUAGCUAUCACAAUUGACUCCUGCAAGGACAUACAAGAUUUGAAUAUUCUGUAUUGCAAAGUUUAUAUCAUCUGGUAAAAUACAGUGUAAUCCUACGAGUGAAA